AUGGCUUUCUUGUUCAAAUCGAAGAAAAACCACCAGAUGACGGGGCACCCUCCAGCGACGAGAAACAUUCAUACCUCAGAAGGAGCCCCUGCGGCCACCUCACCAGGUCUCCCGAAUGGGACGAAGGAACAGAGCGGGGGCGUCUCCCAGACACCGACACCGAGCAGUAGCUACAACAAUUCGUUGAACUCGGUCAAUAGCACAAACAGCCCUGAACGCCAAAGGCCCAGGCAAAGAGCUGAAUCCGAAACGCAGGCGCAACGACCGUCUCAAGGCGCGACGAGCAAUCCUCCCAACUCCAGCCCCGGUGCUUCGCUCUAUCCUUGGUCACAACGACGGCUCAAUUUCUCCACGCCCCAAGGGAACCCAUUUCCACGAUAUGGCGCAGCAAUUAACUCCGUUGCUUCCAAAGAAGGGGAUAUCUACAUGAUGGGAGGAUUGAUUGAUGGGUCAACUGUCAAAGGUGAUCUUUGGAUGAUCGAAAGCAGCGGGGGAAAUUUGUCCUGUUUCCCAAUUGCGACUGUAUCCGAGGGACCUGGUCCUAGGGUCGGUCAUGCAAGCUUACUCGUCGGAAACGCUUUUAUCGUAUUUGGUGGUGAUACGAAGGUUGAUGAAUCCGACACUUUGGAUGACACCCUUUACCUUCUCAACACCUCUUCUCGACAGUGGUCUCGAGCCAUCCCCCCGAAUCCCCGUCCAGCAGGACGUUAUGGCCAUACUCUCAAUAUCCUCGGCUCUAAGCUCUACGUGUUUGGAGGUCAGGUUGAAGGUUACUUUUUCAACGAUCUGAUUGCCUUCGAUUUGAACCAACUCCAAAAUCCCGUGAACAAGUGGGAGUUCCUGAUUCGGAACAGUCAUGAAGGGGGACCAUCGCCAGGACAGAUUCCACCAGCCAGGACCAAUCACACGAUGAUCAGUUAUAAUGAUAAAUUGUACCUAUUCGGUGGCACCAAUGGCUUGCAAUGGUUCAAUGAUGUUUGGUCGUACGAUCCGCGAACAAACCUCUGGACUCAGUUGGAUUGCGUCGGGUUCAUCCCCACGCCCCGAGAAGGCCAUGCCGCAGCCCUCGUCCACGAUGUCAUGUAUGUAUUCGGUGGCCGUACCGACGAAGGCAUGGACUUGGGUGAUCUUGCCGCGUUCCGCAUAACCACCCGACGAUGGUAUUCUUUCCAGAACAUGGGACCAGCGCCAUCCCCCAGAUCAGGCCAUAGUAUGACCGCCUUUGGAAAACAAAUUAUUAUCCUGGCCGGCGAGCCAAGCUCCGCGCCCAGAGAUCCAGCCGAGCUUAGUACGGCGUACAUUCUCGACACCUCCAAGAUUCGUUAUCCGACUGAGAACCAUAACGGGGACAAGGCCGCUGCACCUCAUAUUGCCAUGAGGAAAAUGAGUGGUGAUAGACAAGGAACCCCAACAGGUCGCACAUCUCGUGAAGCUCAAAACCCACCGUCUGCAGAUUCACACCAGCGACGCGGACCAGGUCAGUCUCGGGAGAGUUUCUCAAUGAACUCAAGUGGGAGGCCGGGCGACUAUAUACCAGGCCCGGGAUCCCGUCUUCCAAGAGCAUCUAUCGCGCAGGCCCCAGCUGGGCCACCUCCUCCGGGUCAGGCUCCCACACCUGGUGCCAGAGGUAACGCACCACAACACGCUCCGAACGCUCGGAGCAAAACACCGACGACAGGGGACCGUCCAUAUGGCGGCCCCGUGACUGAUACAGUUCGGGUCAUAGCAUCGGAGCGAGACAGGGAUUCUACGGGUGCGAGAGAAUCCUCGAAAGAAUCCAGACCGGUCAAUGAUACAGGAGCUAUGUCAGGUGAACGUCGAACUCCCACCCAAACACCAUCCAGAAUGUCAGCCAGAGCCAUGGAAGCCGGUGAGGCUGCCCCUCUCGCUAGACAACGCUCCUUGCGUCAGCAACGACAGCGUGGUUCAAUGGACAGCGCAGAUGAAUCUAUCCUUGGUCGACAUGCGAGCAUUGAUGGUUCGAUCGAGUCUCGCGGACAAAGGAAUUCCAAAACGAUUGGCGAUGAGCCGCGAUCCCCUAGGUUGACUGCCCACCAAGAAGCCUUGAUCAAGGAGCUUGAGGCAGCAAAGAGCCGCAACGCAUGGUAUGCGUCGGAGCUUGCUCUAGCCAAGAAAGCUGGCUACACAAUCAACUUCUCCCACAGCCCUCUUUCGGACGAACGUCCGGCGGAAACAUUCGCGGAUGAAGAUCGUCCCCUGAUAGAAGCAUUUCUCGCAAUGCGAGCAGAGCUUGCGAAGAUGCAAGCGACCGUGGAUCGACAAGCGGCCAUAGCUUCCAAGCGCGUCGCAGAAGUAGAACAUCAGAGGGAUGUGGCUGUUAACGAAGCGGCGUAUGCGCGUGCCAAACUUGCUGCCCACGGUGGGAGCCAGCGAGGAACGCCCCAACCUGACGGCGGCUCUCAGGACACGGAAGACGCGGUUGCUGAUCGUUCGACGGACAUGGGUCGACGGCUAGCUCUUGCUCUUGCGGCUCAGAACGAACUCCGGUCUAAGCUUGAAGCGAUCACCACGGAUCUAGACCAAGAGAAACGCGGUCGGGAGCUAGCAGAAGAGACAUGCGAAGCAACACGGCGACGGCUAGCAGAGCUUGAGUUACAGAACAACACGCUGGAAGUGGAGAGUUUGCGCGCCGAGCUUCACCGAGUGGACGCAGCUGCUCGAGAGGAGUCAUUGCUGCGUUCCGAGGCUGAAUCAUCCCUGAAACGAUUGGCCCUGGAUAAGGAAGAACUCCUCAAGAAACUUGAGGAUUCGUCAUCUCGCUUGCGGGACUUUGGCAGCAACCUUGGCAACCUUCGCGAGGCCGUCACGGCCUCGUCGGAGAAGACAGCACUACUCGAACGGCAGCUGGAGGAGGAACGCGAAUUGCGGGAAGGCCUGGAACGGAGAUUACUGCAAUUAAGAUCGGAGCAUGAGGAGAGGACGGCGGAGCUCGAUAACGCCACUCGACGUCUACGGGACGCUGAGGAGUUGGCCGAAAGCAACGCCAGAGAAGCGGAGACCCACAAGAACGCUUUUCUGGCCGGGCUGGAUCGCGCAUCCUCCUUUGACUCUGAUACUUCGAUUCAUUCUCUCGCAGACCAGCGAGUGGCUGCCUUGGAAGCGCACGUUGAAAGGGCCAACACACUGGCCAAAGCCAACCAAGUUGCUGCCGAUGAGGCAGCGGACAAACUCAGACGUGCGGAGGAAAGGAUCGCUGGGCUCGAGGCAUAUCAGGAACAAGCCAGCCGAGAGGGCCUGCAACUUCGCAGGCAGCUUCAGGCCGCUAUGAAGGAAAGCCAGGCCCAUGCUACUGAGAAUAGAGAGCUCAAAUCCAAAUUGGAGAACCAGCUGCGUGAGGCUGGAGCCCUGGCCAUCCAACAUGCCGCUCUGAAGGAUCUUCUCGGCGAGCGGGGAGUCAGCUACACAGAUAGCAGACGGUCCCCACGACUCGAAUCUCCAGGUUCUCGAUUCGGUACGCCUGAACAAACUCGACUCCGUGAUCUGGAACAGCAACUGUCGACAAGCUUGAAAGCGCACGAGGAACUGAAAGCCUCUUUUGAGAACCGCGAGCAGGAAGCCGACCGUGCGUACAGGGAGAAACUCGAGCAGCUGGAGAAUGAUUAUCAAUCAGCUGUUCAUUACGUCAAAGGAACCGAGAAGAUGCUGAAGCGCAUGAAGGAUGAACUGACCCGCUACAAAGCCCAGAACACUAAGAUCCAGGCCGACCUCGAAGCGGCACAAAGGAGUAUCAGUCAAGCAUCUGGCCAAGCUUCCGAAGCACCGGCGGAGUGGGAAGCCGAGCGCCAGAAGCUGCAGCAAUCCCUCUCCGAAUUACAGAAAGAUACCACAUCGUCCAUUGCUGCUCUGGAGAGUCAAAUCACGAAGCUGAAGCAGGACUUGUCCGCGGCUGAGGCUGAGAAAGACGAGUCUCGAUCAGAAUACGAGAGCAUUAAAGAGGAACUCGCUGCGGCGGCGGAAAAGAAUCGUGCUGAACUCGAACAACUCAAGCACGAAAAUGCCUUGCUUGAGGCCCGCGCAUCAGAUGCCGACCAGAAAGUUGCUAUGCUCCUUGAUCAAGUUGAAGCAUCCGUUGGACACUAUCGGCGACAGUCUCAACCUAUCCAAGGUAUGAACGGCAUCUCGCGAACGCACAGCAAUGCAUCAAGCAAUACCAUCAGCGGUGUCAGCGGUGUCAGUGCCCGCCCAAGAGCAGACAGUGCCGUGUCGCAAGACGAUCCGUUCCCCGACAAUCGUGGCUCCAUGGCACUGGAUUCCCUUGCCAAUGAGCUGGAAGCCUUGCGCAGUCACUGGGAGAGCACGAACCGCAACUAUCGGCUGAGUACCCAAUCUGAAUAUGAGCGAACUCCGACCAAGGAAACUCAUGGCCUGAGUGACAGUUUGGCUGAGUGGCGCCGCAGAUUGGACGAGGAAGAGGCGAGGGCUAGCUCUCCGGAGAAGAAUAAGCCGCGGAACGCAGGUGGAGAAUCCACGACAGCGAAUAUGAUUUGA